AUGACUCGCUCGUUCCCUCUCCGCUGCGUAUCCGCUUUCAGCUUGCUGCUCGUCGGGUCGCACUCCCUCGGAGCGGCUGCGUUCGACCUUUCUCUUCGGGACAAUAACCUCAGGUACUGGGGUCAGGAUUCCUAUGGGGCGACUCAUUCGGACUAUGUCAAUUUCCAGCAGCCAAUCUCAUACUACUGCCAGGACGACGCGAUCGACGUGAUCCCGAUUGCCUUCGUCAACGACUUCUUCGGCACUGGCAAUUAUCCCGUCCUCAACUUGGCCAACACCUGUAAUACUACCAAUGCCGAGUACUUCAACGGCACCAACCUCUUGGACUGCUCUUUCCUGGCAUCGGACAUCGAAUACUGCCAGAAUCAGGGCAAGGCCGUAACUAUUAGCUUAGGCGGCGGAGGGGCCAGCGUCGGAUUUACUGACGACUCCGAAGCCGAGUCUUUCGCGGACCAAAUUUGGAACCUCUUCCUCGGAGGAUCAAGCGACUACCGCCCGUUUGGUAGCGUUGUGCUGGAUGGAGUCGACCUGGACAUCGAAGGGGGUUCGGAAACGGGUUAUGCGGCCUUCAAUACGCAGCUCCGCACUCAUUUCACCAGCGCAGACAAGAGCUACUACAUCAGCGGAGCUCCUCAAUGCGAAUAUCCCGAUGAGUAUUUGGGAAAUGCACUGAACAGUUCAUGGUUCGAUAUGGUCUACGUGCAGUUCUACAACAAUCCAUGUGGUCUGCAGAAUUUCGACGAGGCCUCGGGGUGGGACUAUGGGAUCUGGGAUAUCUGGGCGCAACAGACGAGUCUGAACCCGAACGUCAAGAUUUUUGUUGGCGCCCCUGCCUCUACCACCGCUGCGGGAACAGGAUACCAGACCCCCGACGCGCUUGCGGAGUACGCGGUUACAACGCGCAAUUCCUUCCCGUCGUUCGGCGGUGUUAUGAUGUGGGAUGCAUCUCAAGCCUACCAGAACGAUCGUUACGAUUUGGCUAUCAAAAAGGCACUGGUGGCUGCUGGAGGCACUGGGUUCACUUAUCCUCCUUGUGAUGCAGAAGAAUGGCAGAGUGGCGCCAACUAUCCCGGAGGCACAAAUGUAUCUUAUAACGGCUACAUUUGGGAGUCAAAAUAUUAUGCCUCUGAUGAGCCGACUGCCAACUACCAGGGUGACUGGUCACCCCGCAGCGCAUGUUCUGGCGGGUCUGCUUCGUCGACGAGUACGACAAGCGCAGCUUCUUCCACCGCGACCGCCGGCACAGGCAACUGCGCAAGCAUAUCUACGUGGUCCAGCGGCACGGCAUACACGGGUGGCUCGCAAGUAACCUACAACGGCAACCUGUGGACUGCCCAGUGGUGGACGGAGGGCGAUACGCCCGGAGCAGGGUCCGCUGGCGUGUGGGUCGACGACGGAGCUUGCUCGUCCAGCGCAGCGGUAGCGCGCGACUUCCCUGAGCCGACGCCCAUCGCACGCGCUCGCUCACGCCUCUUCCGCUUCUAAGUGGAAGAGGUACCGUAUCUCAUAUCUAUUGGUCGCUGCCCUCUGGAGCGUCCAAGACGUGUUUGCCGCGCGCCCUGUCUCUUAUGUUCGUCCCACAACAGGCAUGUGGGAUGGCUGCACGAGCCGUUCACGAUGUUUAUGACGCUAUCUAAGGGUUUACGUAUGGCACGACGCGUCCUAUUGGGUGGCCAGUUUCUGGUUGUGUUAGUGUUUCUAGCUCUCGAGCCAGUCGGCCAGAAGUCGGCGAUGCAAUGAAGUUCAAGGUUGAACGUUGAAACGUUGAAACGUAUGGCCUUGAUACAGAUAUGUGCAUGCGUAUCGCAUUGAAUUACUCGGACGCCGGCGUCGAAACAGUCCAAGCAAUGUCCUCACAGGGUUGCCUUCCGCGUCAAGCUUAGACUCUGUGC